AUGGAAUCAUCAACGUCCUUCAGAAUACUAGUCUUCAGCAAGACGGCAGCCUAUCGUCAUGAAUCCAUCCCCGCAGGUAUCGAGGCCUUAACUCGGUACGCCUCUACAUCGGGGUCUUUUUCUGUUGACGCUUCGGAGGAUGCAUCUUUGAUUAAUACCUCGGACCUAAAGAAAUACACUGUAGUGGUUCUUCUGCAAACAAGCGGAGACUUUCUCGACGAUUCCCAGGUUGCUGCACUGAAAGACUGGACUCAGAAUGGUGGCGGUCUUGUGGGUAUUCAUUGCGCCUCGUCGGGAAUGAAAUCCAAUACUUGGUACUGUGGUGCAGUCGGCGCUGUCUUCACGGAGCAUCCGGAUCCUCAGGAUGGCAUAGUGAAAAUCGAAGACACUGACCAUGUCAUAACGAAGGGCUUGCCCACAAAAUGGGAGUGGUUCGAUGAAUGGUACAAUUUUAGAAGCAACCCGCGCGGCAAGGUUCACGUUCUCAUGAGCAUCGAUGAGGCUUGCUACAAAGGAGGAGCGAUGGGGGAUGACCACCCAUUAGCCUGGUGUCAGGAAAAUGGAGGAUUCAGAUCAUUCUACACAUCUUUGGGGCACUUUAGCAAAGCAUGGGAUGACGAUCAUUUCCUUGGGCAUGUCGUAAGGGGCAUACAGUGGGCAGCACGCCGCCUUUGA